AUGGCUAUCGGACGUACAGUAUUUAACUGGGCGACAGCGUUAAAUGACUCGUUAAGGGACAGAUUUGUUUGUGGACUAUACAAUGAAUCUAUUCAGAAACGCUUACUUGUCGAAACCAGCCUUACGUUCGAGAAAGCGCUAAAACUUGCGGUUGCCAUGGAAACGGCCAUGAAAGAUUCACUUGAGUUGAGGGGGAAAGCUAAGACAAUACCUCCUGUGAACAGCAUUCGUGAAGUCCCAAUGCAACAUAAAUGUUAUAGAUGUGGGAAAGAGGGGCACGAACCCCAGGAAUGCUAUUUCAAAGAUCAAUAUUGUAGAAACUGUGGGAAAAAGGGCCAUAUAAAACGUGUAUGA